AUGGACUUGAACCCCAAAUACGACGGCUAUGACUUCCCCUUCCAGUCCGCCACUCCGCAGAAUGGCCACCCCGGACACUUGACCGAUCAAGAGAUAGCUGCAGUCCACCAGCUACGGAUGCUGCUGGAGGCUGAGGGAUAUACAGAACGUCUUGACACCUUAACAUUGCUCGGAGAGGGCGUUCCACUAACCGCCUACAGGUUUGUCGACUGUGAAAAGUGGCGGAAAGAAAUCAAGCUCGAUGAGCUCGUCCCUGUCUGGGACUAUCCCGAGAAACCCGAGGUUUCCAAGUAUUAUAAGCAAUUCUACCAUAAAACGGAUAAGGAUGGUCGCCCUAUCUAUAUCGAGACACUCGGUGGCAUUGACCUAACAGCCAUGUACAAGAUUACCACCGCCGAGCGUAUGCUUACCAACCUUGCCGUUGAGUACGAACGUGUGUCUGAUCCUCGCCUCCCUGCUUGCUCCCGAAAGGCUGGCUCCCUCGUGGAAACUAGUUGUAGCAUCAUGGAUCUCAAGGGCGUUACUCUCACAAAGGUGCCUUCGGUGUAUUCCUACGUCCGCCAGGUUUCUGUAGUCUCUCAAAACUACUAUCCUGAACGGCUAGGGAAAUUGUACUUGAUCAAUGCACCGUGGGGCUUCUCUACUGUCUGGAGUGUUGUCAAGGGCUGGCUUGAUCCUGUUACUGUUGGAAAGAUUCACAUUUUGGGUUCUGGAUACAAGGCGGAAUUGCUUAAGCAGGUUCCUGCAGAGAACCUACCAAAGGAAUUCGGCGGCUCCUGUGAAUGCGAAGGCGGUUGCAUGAACUCCGAUGCAGGCCCCUGGCAUGACCCACAAUGGGUUAGACCACCAAAAUGGCAAAAGAAGCAAGAGGGAAAUAAGACAGAAACAAAGGAGAAUGAGACUGCAGCGGCUAUUACUUCCGAGAAAAAGGAUACUUCCGAGACAGCUGGCACCGAACCCACUGCGGCAGCUCCUGUUGCCGGGGCUUAG